UCUCACGGAGCGGGGGAAUGGCGGGCGAGCUGAGCGCUGAGGCGGCGCGGGAGAUUCGCCAGCUGGAGAAAUCCAAGGAGAAGUCGCGGCGAGUCGGGAACGCGGCCGAGGAGGCGGCGGCCUGCAACCGCCUGGGGGAGAUCCUGGCUGCUCAUGGCCGGUUCGAGGAGGCGCUGGCCCAGCACCGGUUGGAGCUGCAGCUGCUGCAGGGCUCCGGGGACGCCCUGGGCUGCGCCGUCGCUCACCGCAAGGUCGGGGAGCGCCUGGCCGAGCUGCACCGCUUCCCUCAGGCACUGCAGCACCAGCUGCAGCACCUGGCCCUGGCCCGCUCCCUCAGCGACGCCGUGGAGCAGCAGCGCGCCUGGGCCACCAUCGGCCGCACUUUCCUCUUCAUGGCCGAAAACCCCGAAAUCCCCGAAAUCCCCGAAAUCCCCGAAUUCCCCGAAUUCCCAAAAAUCCCUGAGGAAGCCCAGGAGGCCGAGGGCAGCCAGGGAAAUCCGGGAAUUUCCGAAAAUUUGGGAAUUUCGGGGUCCGUGACGGCGCUGCGCCGAGCGCUGAGGGCGUUCCACUGCAGCCUGCACAUCCUGGAGACGCAGCUGGAAG